AGCUCUCCAUUUCAAAUAUCGGAAAAGUAUAUGCUGUCCCGUGAUACUAUUGCAAAUUAGGGUUCAUCUUUUUCCUUUUCUUAAUAUAUCAUAAAUAUAAUAAUUAAACUAUAAUUCUGAUCGCUACAAUUGUAUGGUUGAUAACAUCACGAUUAACUAGGGUUUUAAAUUCAUUUACAAUUCUACAGGUCAAAGGUUGUUGCUGGCUUAAAAGUUAAGGAGUGGUGUGUUUUGUCUGAUUUGGUAUUAAGCUGGAGUUUUCGAGAUGCUGGUGUUGAAUUGGAAUGGCAUCAGUUUAAUUGAUUGUUUCUUUUACGUCUCCGAAUGGCAUCCUUUGGAGCUGUGAGUUGAUUAUUUUUUGGGUGAAGCUUGUAUCCCUCAUUUUUCGGGUUUGGUUGAUAUAUUUCAAGAGCCAAGGUUAUAUGUGGGGAAAAGUAUAUACUGUAGGGAGACUGAUCCAGAUGGGUUGUUGCAAUUGUUUCGGAUUCUCGUUUAGAAGAAAGUCCAAAACAGUAGUGAGGCACAACAAUUGCUACCACGAUCACACUGACACUUCACAGCAGUUGCUGUUGGAUGAAGAUGUAGAAGACGAUGUUGAAGAAGAUGAAGGUGAUUAUGAUCUUAAUGGCGACGUAACAGAUUCUGGAAAUGGCGACGAUGAUUUCCAAAGUCUGGUAAAACGAGCUGAAGAGAUUAUACAUUACAGAAUUCAAAAGGGGUUACAUUGCAGGGAGUUUCCUGUCAAGGACACUUACAUAUUGAUCCGUUCAGAGGAUGACGAUGGGAACAAGAUGGUUAAUGAGUAUGUAUAUGUGCGCAAGAUUGCUGCUGGUGGCUAUGGGAAAGUGGUUCUGUAUCGCAACAGCAUCGACGGGAAGCACUACGCAAUUAAGGCCUUUCAUAAGUCUCAUUUGUUAAAGCUGCGAGUAGCACCAUCAGAGACGGCAAUGACAGAUGUUCUACGUGAGGUUCUAAUUAUGAAAAUAGUGGAGCACCCAAACAUAGUAAAUCUUGUGGAGGUAAUUGACGACCCAACGACAGAUCACUUCUACAUGGUUCUCGAAUACAUUGACGGAAAAUGGGAUUGGGAGGGUUCGAGUCCACCAGGUAGUUGUGGAGAAAUUGCUGCCCGGAAGUAUUUCCGUGAUGUAGUUUCUGGCUUGAUGUAUCUCCAUGCUCAUAAUAUUGUGCACGGUGAUAUUAAACCUGACAAUCUAUUGAUUACUAGCUCUGGUACAGUAAAGAUUAUUGAUUUUGGCGUCAGCCAGGUUUUUGAGGAUGACAAUGAUGUGCUUCGUCGCUCACCUGGGACUCCUGUUUUCACUGCUCCAGAGUGUUGCUUAGGUUUAACAUAUCAUGGAAAAGCUGCAGACACUUGGGCAGCUGGAGCAACCUUGUACUGUAUGGUAUUGGGUAAUUACCCAUUUCUUGGAGAUAAUCUGCAUGAUACAUAUGACAAGAUUGUUUCCAACGAACUGUUCCUCCCUGAUAAUAUGAACCCUUUGCUUAAGGAUUUAAUACAGGGGCUCCUUUGCAAAGAUCCAGAUCAGCGGAUGUCGCUAGCAAAUGUUGCAGAGCAUCCUUGGAUUGUUGCAGAAGAGGGACCAAUCCCACCAUACCUAUGUUGGUGCGAACGAAAUAGUAUACAGAGGGGAAUGAUGCCAUGAGAGCAGAACCCAAGUUUUUGCUUGAGCAGUACAAAGUUUCUGACAGAUACACACUAACUUGUUAGAUCCUCUUUGUAUAGCAACAGUCAGUUACUCCUUCCCUGGUUAAUUUGAGCUACUCGGAAAGAUGUGUUAAAGCUUGAGGUUUUGGCAUUGUGAGAUUGCUGACUCUAUUGAUAAUCACUUGCACAUAUAGUUGUAACAGAUUAUUAGGUGAUAAAUUUUCAAGGAAUCCGUUAGAGAAUACAAUGUUUUUCCCUCCUAAUUCUGGUUGAUUUGUAGUGUGUACAAAGCUACAGCGUUAGUUUGAGUGUACUUUCGGAUAUGCUUAUAUUGGAUUACUGUAAUUUGUACACAACCUUGUCUUUUGGGGCCUGUGAUAUGUUGCUAUAAGAAAUGUGCUUGUAUUCUUACACAGGAAAUAA